UCUCCUCCCACCUCUCUCUCUCUCUCUCUCUCUAAGAUCUUAAUAAAAAGCUCAUCCUUGUUGCCACCUUUCACCAGCUCUCUCUCUCUCUGACACACGGGCGCUCAGCAUUCAUGGACUCUGGAGGAGAAAAUGAAAGGGCGGAGAUCGACACGAGACCACCUUUCCGGUCAGUGAGAGAGGCGGUCUCGCUGUUCGGCGAGCGGGUUUUAUCCGGGGAGGUCUACGUCGGUAACAAAACCAAAGACAUUGGAGGAGCCUCCAGGAUUGGGAGAGUCACAGCAGAAUUGGAAGAAGCCAAACGGAGGCUCGAGGAGGCGAGAGAAGAAGGCGUGCGAAUGGCCGAUGCCCUCUCCUCCCUACAACAAGAGCUCGAACGCACGAAGCAAGAGCUGGCGCGGCUCAGGAAGCAGCAAUCCUACAAGCACCCCAUCAACACGGUGGCUGAAUCGAUAGAGGAGGAGGAAGAAGAAGAGGAGGAAGAGGAGGAUGUCAAAGACGUCAAGUCCGUCGAGGCUCCGACUGAGUCCGAGCGUGCGGAAGCGCUGUGGUUCGACGACGACGACGACGAGAAGGCGGGCUUUCGUGAGAAAAGGUACGUGACCUUCGCCGACCGAGCACCGACUCCGCAGAGCGACGACGAAGUAUGGCGGGGACAUCCUUCGACAGGGAACAAGAAGACGAAGAAGAAGAAGAAGAAGAAGCCAUUGAUUCCUCUGCUCGGAGAGAUUUUGUCAAAGAGGAAGGGACAUUCGCAUCACCAAGAAGUUGCAUCGGUCCGAGACUGGAUGUAAAUUAUUUUUCUGUCUUCAACCAUUGGGGACAACCUCUUAAUGUGUUUGAUCGUAGAGAAGGACGUGAGAUGCUGAGAACUGUUAAUUUGGUGGCUGGAUUGAUGUGUAUGGUGUGGAAUUCGAGCCGUAUUCCUCCAAUGAAUCAUGUAUUUUCGGGUGUAUUUCGAGCAAGAAAUAAAGGUUAUGUUCUG